CCCAUCAUGAAAAGGCCCACUUUUCAGCGUGUGUUCUUUCAUCCAGGACUUAAAAUCGUAGUGCUACACACAUAUUUAGUUCCCUACAGUAAAGAACAUGUUUGAACACAAAACAUUGACGAAGGAAAAAUUUUUGGAGAUUCUUCAACGGAAAGAAAAUACUAAAGACGUGAAAUUGGUCCGCAUUGAUCUAGCACCUGGUGCGGAGAAAGGGCAAAACUAUAUGGGACAAGUGGUGUCUUGUCACUUGGAAGCUAAAGUCAAUGGCAAAUCCAAGACAUUUAAAUGGAUGGCCAAAGUCCCGUUGGAUGAUCCCGACAAAUUUGCUUUCCUUCGCAUGUUAGUCAUGGAACAAAAGGAAUUGGGAUUUUAUGAAGAACUCCUCCCAGCAUUGAAUGCCUUGAUUGCCAAAAAGGGGGCAAAGAUCGACUUGAAAUUCUGUCCUUUUGUUUAUGGUGAAUUCGUACAAAACAUUCCCAAAGAAGAUUGCGUUCAUGGGUCAAUGAUCGUUAUGGAACAUCUUGGACCAAUGGGAUUUACGGAGCCGAAAGCCAAGAAAUCUGGACUUGAUUUGGACCACGUGAAGCUGGUUGUCAAAUCUUUAGGCCAAUUUCAUGGGACCUCGCACGUUUAUUACAAAUAUAAACAUGAUGGUCUUGACCAAAUUGUGGAAAAGGAACCUAUCCAAGCUAAAGAUUAUAUGAGUGAUCCUAAAAUGGCGGCCAUCAUGGAACCAUUCUCUGUCGGAUUUAUGGAAAGCUUUUACAACGCCUUAUCGAGUUCUGGGCCUAAAGGAGAUCAAUACUUGGCCUCCUUUAGACGGUUUUCAAAGGAAAAAAUCGACCCUUUUAAGCUGCGAGACCAAUUGACUCGUCCAGACGUAUGUCGCUUCAAUGUCCUUUGUCAUGGAGACCCGUGGUUCAAUAACAUGCUCUUUAAAUACGACGGGGACAAGCCAAGUGAUGUUUGUUUUGUUGAUCUGGCACUCACAAAAUGGGCCUCGCCUACAAUUGAUUUGUCAUACUUUCUUUUCCUUUCGACCACACCUGAUCUUCGGAAAGCUCACAUGAGUGACAUCCUGAAAUGUUACCACGAGUCAUUGACAUUGACUCUCCAAGACUUGGACGAUAAUCCGACGCCUUUCAGUUUAACUGAAUUGAUCGAGGACUAUAGGAAAUGCUCAUUCUUCGGAUUCAUGAUGGCCAUGUUGAUGUUGCCCACGAUGCUUGCCAAAAAGGAGGAUGUUGUGGGUUCAGACGAAUUUGCCGGAGAUUUCAGUGAUCCCAAAGUCAUUGAAGAAAUGAACAAGUUGUCCAUUGAACGCGCUAAGAUCACCAUGGCCAAAGACCCACUUAUUGGUCAUCGAAUUUCGUGCUCCUUUUUAGAGAUGGUUGACUAUGGGUACUUCACUCUGUAGUCUGACUUUUGACAUACCCAAACCUAUAAAUGAAGAUGUUUCCUUGAUGAAACU